AUGGGUGACAUUAAGAAGGCAACAGUCUUUGAAGCUCUCAGUUUUCUGCUCUAUUUAAGCAGUGAUGAUCAUGCUUUCUGGAAUUAUUUUCAGGACAAACAAGAUAAUAUUAUGCACUCACCUACACUCCUCCUCGACCCAACGACAACCUCAACAACCAACACCAUGUGUGGCAGCUAUUACGGAAACUACUAUGGCGGCCGUGGCUAUGGAUGCUGUGGCUACGGAGGCCUGGGCUAUGGUUACAGAGGCCUAGGCUGUGGCUAUGGCUCUGGCUAUGGCUGUGGCUUCCGUGGACUGGGCUGUAGCUAUGGCUCCGGCUAUGGCUGUGGCUAUGGCUCCGGCUACGGCUGUGGUUAUGGCUCCGGCUAUGGCUGUGGCUAUGGCUCCGGCUACGGCUGUGGCUAUGGCUCCGGCUAUGGCUGUGGCUCUGGCUAUGGCUCUGGCUUUGGCUCCUACUACUGA